AUGCCUGCCCGUAUCUCUUUUUACCGUCCCACCGGCCAGUCCCGCCGCCAAGCCCGCUCCGCCCACGACCACGACGUCUUCGAGGGCCUCCCCGUCCGCCGCUGGUCCCGCGACUGGGUCUCCGUCGGCAAGUCGCAGCCCCCGCCGCCCCCGCAGCCUGAGCUACCGCUCCCCAAAGAAACCCACCUCCUCCAACCCAUGUCGCAGGCGCUCCUACAAGCCGCGCGCUCCUCCUCCUCAACCACACCUAAGCCCGUCCCUGCCGCGCCCAGCCCCCCCGGCGGACGCAGGUUCAUGACGAAGCGCUGGGUGCGCAUCGCGCGAAACAUGGAGGGGCCUGAACCCGUCUACCUCGCGAAGGUGCCCGACCGCCCGCGCCGCCGCGGUGAGGAGGUGGUCGAGGUGGUGCAGCAGCAGCAGCAGCAGCAGCCGACAGCGGCGACAAGGCGGCGCGUGCCGCCGCCGAAGAGAAAGGCGAAGCCAAGGGGUAGGAAGCCAGGGCCGAAAAAGACGGUGAGCUUUGCCGAGGAGCGCUUGAGGACGUUUCCAAUUAUGGUGCCACAUAAUUCGGAUCCAAGGGCGCCCGGGGGACCGAACCCGCCGGAUACGGUGAUGGUGGAUGCGGCGCCUGUGGUGGUGGUGGAGGACGAGGUGAAGGGGGAGGUGGGGGAGGAGAAGAAGGAGGAGGAGGCGGGCAGGAAGGAGCAUCCGUUGCCGCCGAGGCCGGCGGGACUGCCACCGAAGCCGGUGGGGGCGGCGGAUUUGGGGGCGAAGUAG